GCGGGAGCUUCUCUCCCGGAGGAGGCAGCAGCGGGAAGCGGACGGCCGCCGGGACGGCAGCGCUGCCGGGCUGGUGCGGAGCCCCUUCUCUCCGGCCGGGAACUCCGUGGCACCGGGAGCGAGCACAAUGAUGGUCCAACACUCAGGCCAGGUAUCUGCAUUAGAAGUCAGCGCCUCCGCAAUUGUUCCCACUUUGUCCCCCGCAGGGUCACUGGGGUUUGAUGAUUUCACAAAUCUAACCCCACUGGUGAAAGAGGAACUGAGGUUCACCAUUCAGAAUAAGCGUCAGUCGCACAGGAUGUCUUCUACAUUGGACACGGUGACAGUUUCUGAAAGGCCUGUUGAAACAUCAAUCACGAAAACAGAGUUUUCUCCUGAAGAGGAUGAAAGAAAAAAGAGAAGAAGGGAAAGGAACAAAAUUGCUGCUGCAAAGUGCCGAAACAAGAAGAAGGAGAAAACAGAGUGUUUGCAGAAAGAAUCAGAAAAGCUGGAAACUAUCAAUGCAGAAUUAAAAGCCCAGAUCGAAGAGCUAAAGAAUGAGAAGCAGCAUUUGAUAUACAUGUUAAAUCUUCACAGGCCCACUUGUAUAGUUCGGGCACAAAACGGAAGGACACCUGAAGAUGAAAGGAAUCUUUUUAUUCAACAGAUCAAAGAAGGCACAUUACAAGGUUAAGUGAUACGGCAAAUAUGGAAGUAUUUAUAGUGGUUUUUAACAGCUACCAGAAUCCAUGGGGGAUCUGACAUAAUGUGUAGGAUUCUAUUAGUCAAGAGCCUUUAGGAAGGGCAGAUUGCUUUAAGCAGAAAGAAUCAUUUUGGCUUGACAGCGAUUCUUCCCCUUGGAAGAUCUGGUCUCAAUCAAAUUGAAGAGUCUUCUGCCUCAAAUAUAGGUUUUGCACCUGACAUACUCGCUGUUCCUAGGAGCUACAGACAACAGCUUCAGAAGUUUUAGCUCUCUGCUAGUAUACAGUAUCUGCACUCACAACGUUUGUGCUAGAGCACUAUGACUUCCGAAGAUGCACAUGGUACAGACAGCUGUGCUGGAUGGACACUAUUCCUCCUUGUUGCUAGUAAGGAAGGUGGACUGAGAGUAUUUUCAGUUUCCAAGUUUCCAGGAGGAUGGUUUCAUGUACUGAUACGUAAUGUUGCAUUCUAACCGAACACACACACACACACGCACACAAAGACACAAACAAGCUUUUAGUUCCAACUAAGCUUUGUAAUAUCUUCUUCACAACACUUGUGUGGGUUUUUUCUGUGACUCAUCUCAAAGACCGAAUCUGAAGAACCUCGUGGGUGUGACAAAGAAGUUCCUUGCAAAACGUCCAUACCUUGUAUUUUAGGAGUUGGAAUCCCACCUGCUAUCCUUUGGGGGCUACAGUUUUAACUUGAAUUGCUGAAGAGCAGCUUGUACCACCACUUGGUGAAUUGGACUCCCUGGAAAGAGGAAACCAACUACGGAGGGAUAUCGAUACAGGUUUUGCCUGAAUAAAGAACUGCAGGACUGAAUCCCAGGCUCAUAAGUAAUGAAGAGUUGAAAAUACAGGAUCAAAUCCUGCAAGCCUUAAUUCAUGCUAUUAACCCCCACUCACAGAAGAGGUUCCAUGGACUUCAGUGGGUCUGUUUACGAAAUAGUUCUUAUAAACAUAAGAGCUUGUGACAGCUUUUCCCAUCCUGGUCAGGAUUACUUCCUUCUGCCAGGUGAUUCAGAGGGAAAAAUUGAUUGUAGCUACUUUGAUUUUGUAUCUGAGUGGCAACUACAGUCAAUCAAAAGUGUUACUUAGAACCUAAAGGAGGAAAGCGUCUUGAUGUAGUGAAUAACUGGUUUUGGUUUUUAAUCAAAUACUAACCUUGGAUGUUUUUGAACUGGUAGAAGAGCUGCUGGACAAAACAGUUGGAGCUACGAGUGUUUGAAUUCUGAUGUUUCUGUGAAAUUCUGAGAUUGUUUAAUCCUAUAAAAUAUAUCCUUACAAUUUUUUGUAAAAGAAAAUAUUAUCCUUAUUUAUCACUAUCAUAAUGGGUAGAGUUAAUAAAUACUGCGAGCAAGAGAAAACUGAAA